AAGCUCAUCCUUGGAAUCUCUGUACACCAGAGGCGGAAGGGAAGACACGCCAUUAAAUCCUACAAGGCUUCCUUCUCCUGCAUUCCUUCUCAGAAACCCAUCUCAAAGAGAGGAAAAAGAUGAAGAAACUGAGCCUUUCAGCGCUGCUUUUGGUCUUGUUGCUGAGUCCACAGCGUCAUGUCGAGGCCAAGGGGGGUUUCGUAAGGACAAAGGGGCUGCAUUUUGUUCUGCAUGGGAACCCAUUCUUCGCCAAUGGGUUCAAUGCCUACUGGCUCACCUACGUAGCCUCGGAUCCUUCUCAGAGGUACAAGGUCUCCAAUGCCUUCAGAGAAGCCUCCAGCCAUGGGCUCUCUGUGGCUAGAACUUGGGCCUUCAAUGAUGGGGGGAGCACAGCGUUGCAGUACUCCCCUGGUUCUUACAAUGAGCAAAUGUUCAAGGGGUUGGAUUUUGUUGUAUCUGAGGCCAGAAAGUACAAGAUCCGGCUAAUAUUGAGCUUGGUGAACAACUACGACAGCUUUGGAGGGAAGAAGCAGUAUGUGCAAUGGGCCAGGAAUCAAGGUCAGAACAUUGCAUCUGAUGAUGGGUUCUUCACCAACCCUACGGUUAAAGGAUUCUACAAAAAUCAUGUCAAGACUGUGCUCACAAGAGUUAACACCAUUACUGGAGUUGCUUACAAGAAUGACCCAACAAUCUUUGCAUGGGAGCUUAUGAAUGAGCCAAGAUGCCAAUCAGAUCCAUCAGGAAGGACCAUUCAGGCAUGGAUCAUGGAGAUGGCUGCCUUUGUGAAGUCCACAGACAGUAACCACUUGCUGGAAGUUGGUCUCGAGGGAUUUUAUGGAGCAUCAUCAAAACAGCAGCAAUUCAAUACAGGUUUUCAAGUGGGAACAGAUUUCAUAUCCAACAAUCAGAUUCCUGGCAUCGAUUUCGCCACCGUUCAUUCCUAUCCCGACCAAUGGUUGUCCAAUUCAAAUGAUCAAAUGCAACUUGCUUUCCCAAAAGUAUUAAUCAAUGUUAUCGCUUCCUUGAUUGGACGCAGGUUGUCUAAUUCGAAUGAUCAAGCGCAACUUGCUUUCCUGAAUACAUGGCUUGACUCCCACAUCCAAGAUGCACGCAAUAUCCUCAGAAAGCCAUUGCUCCUAACCGAGUUCGGAAAAUCCUGGAAGGAUCCUGGCUUCAGCAGCUCCCAGAGGGAUGCAUUGUUUAAUACAGUGUUUUCUAAAAUCUAUUGGUCAGCAAGAACAGGGGGUGCGACUGCAGGUGGCCUUUUCUGGCAGCUCCUGACUGAAGGAAUGGACUCAUUCAGAGAUGGUUACGAAAUUAUUCUAAAUGAAACACCUUCCACAGCCAAAAUGAUCGCCGCCCACUGCCGUAGACUUCACUAUUUGGUGAAGCUGUACGCUAGAAUGCGAGACAUCGAGCAACUGGAGAAGGCAAAGGCUAUGAGAAGGAAGCAGCAGCACGAUGCAAACAAAGGAAAGAAUGGAGGAAAUUAAGCUAGAUGAUAGUAGUUAUGAAAACUGCAGAUACUUGACAUGAAGAUACCUAGAUGAGCGAAAGCUUAAGGAAGUUUGCUGUCACUUGAGAUGAUUUUCCUUCAUCCAAGAGAAUGGCUUUGCUGAUUUUAUUUGGAAGGCGGAGAAGAUGUGCAGGCAUUCGGACGAUACAAGUUAACUAAGCAUUUGUCCUUUAAACUGUCUUGUCCAGCAUGAAAUCAAACAUUAACUGUUACUGAUAUUGAUAUAAAUAAAUUACCUUGACCAUGAAUCUUAUGCAUGUUCUUCCAU